AUGAGUCACAUACUUCCGAAUGAAACAAAAUUAUAUACAGCAAAUAAAGAAUUACCUUUUAUAUCAACAAUUCAUUUAAAAUUAAAUAAAUAUCUUUAUAAAAUCGAUGUUUUAUUUGGAAAUAUGUCAAUAAUUGAUGCAAAUAAAGAUGAAAUUAUUUGUUAUCUUAAUUUAGAUUAUUUACUAAGUGGACUUGUGAUUUCACCAAUAAAUUCAUCGAUUCUUUAUGUUCGACAUAUGAAUAUUGCUUAUGAAAAUAAUUCUUAUUCAAUUGACGAAGGAUUCUUCAAAGAAAUUAAUUUUGAAACACAACAUAUAGAAAAAAAAAUUCAAAUUAGAAAAAAUCCUACAAAGGAGUGGGCAGGGUAA